ACAGACAGACAGACAGACAGACAGACAGACAGACACAGAGAGACAGACAGACAGACAGACAGACAGACAGACAGACAGACAGACAGACAGACAGACAGACAGACAGACAGACAGACAGACAGACAGACAGACAGACAGACAGACAGAUAUGGUCACUCCUCUGCAACACAAAGAUCAUGGAAGAACAGAGUUCAGAGCUGGAGAUUGUAUCUCUCUAUCAUGUGAUGGGGCUCCGAGUAACUGUUCCAGUAUUACCUGGCUGUUCAAUUACAAGAAUGAUGUGACUGAUACAUUAUUUGAAGAAGGGAAGUUUAAGUCUGAAGGCAAGAAAGAAAGACUACAUGUUACAAAGGAGUGUUCUCUGGAGGUGAAGACUCUGAGAGAGGAAGAUGAAGGUCGUUACACCUGCAGAUCCUUUCCAUCAUCAGGAGUAGAGUAUGAUCAUGCAACGCAUCAACUAAAGCUAAUGACAAGCACAAACAGACCAACCACAACCACAGUGAAAGCAAGCACAACUUGCACAAGCACAUCCAAACCAACCACUACACCAGUGAAAGGAGCAGCCAGCAGCAGCCCAGCAGCAAGGCCCUCAACAUCAACACCAACCACACACACACUGAACGGAGCAGCCAGCAGCAGCCCAACAUCAAGGCCCCCAACAACACCAACACCACGUACACCCAACGGAGCAGCCAGCAGCAGCCCAACAUCAAGGCCCCCAUCAACACCAACACCACGUACACCCAACGACCCAGGGUUAGCUGCAGGGGUAGCGCUGGGUACAGCGGUCCUGUUGAUCGUGGGCCUGGUUCUCCUCAUUCGCUGGCAUAAAAGGAGAGGAAACAAGAGGCCAAAGGACACCACAACCAUUGGUCUGAACUCUAUCAGGGACACCCUACCAGUCAUAGGAGGCCUUCAUGACCAGCAUCUCAGUGUGGACGGAGAUCAGGGCGGAGGUCCAACAUACGCCUCUAUUGUCCUGUAUGAGGGACAGAGGAGCGUGGCUGCAGCACAGGUUGAGGACGAUUCCAGCGAUGCAGUGACCUACUCCUCAGUGAGGGCCUCUCCCAGAUGUGGAGAGAAGCCUGGUGAUGUGGACGUACACUACGCCACCGUCAACAAACGGGCAUAAUAACAAAACGUCUUCAGAUGAGUACGUGAUGAAACAGAGCCAGCAGCAGCAGCCAGCUGUAGAAAUUAUGAAUAUAUA